AUGCGGACAGAGCGGCACCUGGAGGCCCUAAAUACAGCCCUGGAGCCUGGAGGAAAGGAAGGGGAAGGAAGGAAGGUCGCUAGCAAGAACAGGGCACCUCCACCACACUCCUUCCUGGAAGCUGCAGGUCCCUUUGUGACACUGGCCUUCUCGACACCCUCACAUUCUCCUGAGCAGACUGGGCAGGAAUCAGGAAUCCGCCUGGGUCAUGUUGCCCCCAUUGAGUGCUCCCACUCUUUUCCUCCAUCACUGGAACAGUUCACAGAUGCAACUGCAGCACUUGUUGACCCUGAGCCGAAUGUGUGA